AUGGAUAAUUAUUAAUCCUCCAAUCCAAGAGUGAACAGAGUAGGAUUUACUGAUGAAAAACCUUUAAACGGAGUUAAAACAACCGAUGAUUUACAUGGAGGAGUAUCAGCAGAUUAAUUCUCAAGGUCUAUUGGGGAUAACAGUAGAAGUAGUGGAUAAAAACAACUUGCUAAUCAUGGAUUAACAAAUGCUGACAUUAAUUCAAAACUGAGAUAUGGUGCAUUCCAAGCUCAAUUUAUAAUGAAUAACAAGAAGGCUAUAUCAAAAAUGAUUAAGCAAGCAAUGCUCAAAGAGGAUAACGAACCUUUCAAGGGUUAUUUGGAAGUAUCAAAUGCAAGUUAACAUUUAAAAAAGCAUAAUCUUUAAUAAUCAGGAAUUAGAGAUGCUUAAAAUAGCUCAAUGAUUGAACCCUCUUUAAAUGAUUCUAUAAUAGAGGUUAAUUAACGAAUUGGCUCAGCAUAGCCUGGUAAGAGAUCUUCUUCUUCAAACAGAUUUGAGGGGAUAAAAGCUUAAACUGUGAACUCAAAAGUUAUGGAGACUUGGAUUAAUGAGACUCUUGCUGAUGCAGAGCAUCUUGAUAUUCCAGGCGUUAUAUUAAAACCUGAACAUAAGAAUCCUAUAUCAAGAUAUGCGAUUGAUAGACUUAGCUUAACUAAUGCUGGAAUACCUAACGAAAUUGUUGAUAGAGUCUAUAGAUCACUUUUUGUCUAUUCAGUUGGAUUCUAUGAGCUUAUUAAAAAGCUCGUUUCUCAUUGUUAAAGAAAAUACUCCAUCAUCACAUCAAUCUGGAAAGUAUUUUCAGUUCUGUUAGAAUACUGUUGUCAAAGUGAUUACAGAAUGUUGAUAUCAGAAAUUACAAAUUAGCAUGAGGAAGAGGUUCAGAGGAUGGAAAAAGACUUUAAUGCUAAAUGCUAGGAGUUCCUCAACAAUGAAAAAAUUCUAAAGCAAAAUAUGGAAGUUAUGCAGAAAUACUCUGAGGAACUAGAAAAGGAGAGAACCAAUGAAAGAACUUUAAGAUUAAAGCUAGAAGAAGAGUAUAUGCAAAACAGUAAAAAUCAUGAGGAGGAAGUCCAGCUUAGAUUGAAAUUUGAAAGCAAGUUAAAUAGCAUGCAUUCCAUUCAUAGAGAGCUAGAGAUCAAGCAUAAAAGACUUGGAAUUGAUCUUUCAGUAGCCUAAAGUCUGAUAAUGAAAUAGGAAAAAUUAAUGGAAGAAUAAGCCACUGAAAUAAUAAUAUUAAAGACUAUAAAAGCAGAGAAUGAAAGCAAAAUACAGUUACUGGAGGAAAAGAAAAACACUUAAGAAAGAGAAAUUGGUCUUAAAAACAAGCUAGUCUAGGAUAUGGAGGAUAGAAUGAAAAAGAUCUAGGAUGAGAAUGAUCUAGUGAAGUACCAAAUCCAUGAUCAAUCAAAGUAGUUAACAGAGUAAAGGCUUAGGAUUGACUGUCUGGAUACAAGAAUUGAGGGUUUACAGUCAGAUAAAUUGCACUUGGAGAUAACUUUAAAAGAAUCUAGAGACUUUAAGAAGGUAUAUGAGGAUAAGAAUGAGGAAUUGAAAUAAAAACUGCUUGAUUUAAUGGAGGAGUAUAAUGGCCUAAGAUAGAGAUUAGUAGGUCAUGAGGAAAGUCUAAAAAACUGUAACGAAAAAAUAGAGUUAUAGAAAGAUCAAAUCUCGAAGCUGAAAUACGAUUGUGCUUAAUUUGAGAAAUAAAAUGGAACAAUGAGAAUUGAACUGGAGAAGCUUAAUGAGAUGUAUAAGAGUACUAAGCAUGAUUUAGAAGAUGCUGUAGAAAGACUUCACUUAACUAAUAGAAUGAGACAUGAAUUAGAAGUGAGGUUGACAUCUGAACAGGAGUCAACUAUUGCCUUAAAUGAUACAAUUAAAGAGAAGAUAGGAGUAAUAAUUGAUAGGGAGCAAAAGAUUGAUAAACUAGAGACGAGAUCUCGAGAAGCUGAAGUUAAAUGUUCAACAUUAGAAGUUUAGAUUGAGAGCAUGGAGAUGAUGUAUGAGUUGAAAAUAACCUAGCUCAAUAAUAAAGUGGAUUCCCUUAACUAAGUCGUUGAAUCUGAAAAAGAACUCAAGGAGACUUGGGUUGAAAAAUUUGAGAAGGAAUAAAAGGACCUUAGUUCUGUUAAUGUUUAGAUGCUCAGCUUAAAAUCUAAAAUCAAGGAUCUUGAAUUGGAACUCGGUAACCUUAAUAUUAAGCACAAGGGUUAAUUACAGAUAAAUGAAUAGUUGAGCGAAAACCAUGCAAAAGCGUUACAAGAUUUAAAUGAAAAAAUAGUACUAAUAGACAAUUAAAAGAGAGAAAUUACUUAGUUAAGGUCAACACAUGAUUAGAUUAAUACUCAGAAAAAAGGAUACAUUAAGAAAAUGCUGGCUGAGAUGGAUGCUAUGAAAGUUCAAAUGCAAGGCGAAACUAACUAAGAAGCUAUGGAAAAGGAAGAAUACAUCACAAGGUUGGGAAAUCAAUAAAGAGAAAACCAUCUUUUGAAGGUAGAUAUCAGAUCAUUAAACGAGUAAAUUCAAAACAAAGACCAAAUGAUAGAAAUCAAAGAAAAGGAGAUAGAUCAAACCUAAAUGACUUAUGAAGAUUAUCGAGCUCGUCUAAUUUCUCAGAUAAUAAGAUUUGAUGAUUUGAACUAUACAUAUUAAGAAUACAGAGAUGAGACAAGAGAAUCUUUUGAAAUUAGAGAAAGAAUUAAACAACAACUAUCUGAAUAAAUUCUUCAAUUAUAGAAAGAAAAAGAAGAGGAGCAAAGCUUCUUCAAUGGCUAAAAAGUGCAAUUUGAUGUUAAAACAAAGUCAUUAUAAACAAAGGUAUCUGAGCUGAUUCACAAUUUCGCUUAGCUUCAAAAUGAAAAUGUUGCUUUAAUUGAAAAGCAAAAAUAAAAUGAAGAGGAGGAAAGACAAAGACUUGCAGUGAUUAAUAAGCCAUAAUCAGAAUAACCUAAAUCAGCUAAAAUUCAGACACCACAUACUGAGAGAACUAGCUAAAAAUAAGUGGAGCAAUAGCAAAUAAUAGUCAAAGAGGUGAAAGAAACGAAAGAAACGAAAGAUUAGGAAACUCAAACAAUGAUGAAAGAAAUCAAAGUAAGAGAUGGAAAGAGAGUAAUGCAAGAAAAUACAUUCAAAUCGAUCGAGUCUGAUAGCAAAGAAGAUAUCACUAAGAAUCAGAGGGAUGUUAGGUAAAAUCUUGUAUCAAGAGGUUAAGUUCAAAAUGAAGUAAUCCCAGAGGAAUAAGAUAUUCCAUCUUAGCCUGGAAAUAAACUAAUUAAGGAGGCUAUGAAGAGGAGAGACUCAAUGAAUAGAAAACUCAAGGAAUAAUAGCAAAUACUUCAGCUGUAGACCCAGUUGACUGUUUCAAGAAAUGGUUUCAAUGAAGGGGCGCCAAAGAGUAAGCAUUCCUAAAACUAAGUCAAUGAUGAUCAAGUUUCAAGUUAAAAUAAUAACAGCGAGUAACCAUAAAGAUCUGAAUCCAGACGACAAUUAGAUAGAAUGUCUCAGAAAAUAUAAAUUAAUAGUUAUAGUAGGGCAGCAGCUAACAAUAAUAUUAGUCCGGUAAGAAGAUCUUAGUAAAAUAGCAAGUAAGGACUAGAUUAGAACAAAACAGGAUAUCUGACUCAAGGUUAUGAGGAUGAAGAAAGUAAAUACAGAUUUGAUGAUCUCAGCGAAAUUCAAUCUUAAAACCCUAGCAAUGUGUUGCGUCCUUAGUAAAUAGUUGGUAGAAAUGUUAUUUAAAAUAUGGAAUCACAUUAGAAUCUUGCUCAUAAUAAGAUACUAGAUGAAGUAUUGCCAGAGUAGAAGACUCAGAUGGCUUCUGAGAAGAAACUUUUGAACUCAAACUCGGAGGUGCAAUCAUUGAAUAGACAUUCUUAGGAGGAGAGUAAAAUGUUUACUAGACCUGCUAAAGAUGACUAGGUUUCACUAGAUACUGCAUAAAAGUACCAUUAUAACACGAAAGUAGAUCAUACUAAUCCAAAUAGCUAGCAAUUAAAGUAACACAUCAAUUUAAGCUAGAUUUAAUAAAGAGAUGCAAACCUAAUUAUUUAAAACGAUAAUAUAAAUAGUCACUAAACUCUAUAGGUAUUUUCAACAAUCGGUUCAAAUAAAAUACUACCCCAAGCUUUCACAGAUUCAAAUGUCAGAAUAGAACUAACUCAUCAUAAUAAUACGACAGAAUUAUCUAAAAAGACAACUAUACAAAAUUUGAAAACUUCAUAAAUUAAUAAUAGGGACUAGGUAUAAAUAACUUCUAAUUAAAGCUAAAUUCAAACAUAAGGAUAGUAACCUGUCAAGCAAUAAUAAUAAUUCUAGCAACAAUAAAUAUAAUAAAAUUCUGCAAUUCAGGCAAGAUCUAACAGCUAGUAACCUUAUAAAAAACCUGAUGGAGGUCCAAGCAUCAAGGGAAUGAUUAGAGCAGCUGCAACUAGAUAGCAAUAUUAGUGA